AUGGAAGCUUACAAAGAAACUAAUGACUACAAUUUAGAACUUUCUGAUUCUUCUAAAAAUACUGAAACUCUUAAUGUAAAACUUAUUGAAAUUUGUGCUUCACUUGAUUCCAACAAUGGGCUUUGGUAUCUAAUUUUCGCAAGUUUAGAGCACAAUCACUCUAUGGUUUCUAAAAACUUUCGCAAGUUUAUGUCUGAAGAAUGGACAAUUCCAAUUGAAGUUCAAGAAAAAAUCUUACCUUUUCAUCGUGCUAGGUGUAAUAUUCCUAUAAUUCAAGCAAUACUAAAAGAAAAAUUUUCAGAAAAUGUAACUUGGAUUUAUGAUAAUUUGUACAACUUUAUUUAUCAAAAAGAAGGAGUAAGACGAGAAUUUGAUUCAAAUGAUUUUGUUAAGGAAUUAGAAUAUCUUAAAUCUCAAGAUAAUGAAUUUUGUUAUGAAGUUUUAAUAGAUCCUGAAACAAAUGAAUUUAAGCAAGCAAUUUGA